AUGGAACCUAUACAAACUCAGUCAACCCCAAUAUCAACUACAGCCGCUCUACCUCCCUCGUCUUUACAAUCUCAAAAGCUCAAGGCUUCCUGUGACAAUUGUUCCUCCUCCAAAGUGCGCUGUACGAAAGAAAAGCCGUCGUGCGCACGGUGCGAGAAGUCGGGAUACACAUGUUCCUAUAGCCAUGCCCGACGAAUUGGACGACCAUACCGAUCUAGGGGCCCUCCACCGAUAGAACAAGGUGGGGAGGAAUCAGAGCGGCUAUCUUCUACCAAGGCCAUAAGGACGGCCGGAUCUGUAGAUGACGGGGACAGAUCAUCGUCCCAGUUCAAAGCAUUGUCUUCCCGCGUGGAUGCGGGCCGCAAUAGCUCCACUGUCGACCUCAUACCCAACCGAAAUGAUAUAUCCUUUAAAACUCAACAACAAAAAGGCAAUUUGGCUGAAAUUCAUAGGCACAAAAUCGACCACAAGGUCGACCCAGAUUGCGUGUUGGUCGUUAUGGACAUGUUCUCCGAAUUAGAAGUUCCGGCUGAGCAGCUCAGACGCUCAUCGUUGGUAGAUUACUGCCUAGCAAACUCGACGGCGCAGACCAUCAUCGCCGUACUUCGCCGCCUCUUCACCAUCUUGAUAUGUCCCUGCUCUGAGCGUGCUGAGGUUGGUAUGUUGAUAUAUGCUAUCUGCACGUCCAUCAUCGAUAUGCACGCCAUAACAAUCACCAAAUCCGUUCGCAACAACCCGCCGCCACCGGUGCUGGGUCACACGGGUCUCUGGGAUGGCCAUGGAGCGUCUACUCGGGAGCCGCCAGAGAGCGAAGCCGUGGCUAUGCUGGUAUUGGGAGAGCUAUCCAAGAUGGCCAAGCUAGUGUUGCAAUUCAUCGAGCGGUACAGCGGAGAUGCGGAGGGUAAACAGUCCCUUCUGGAAGGCCACGAGAUCCCCAUCGACUUUUUGCCGGCUUUGGGCAACCUCAUGCGGGAGAGGUUGCAGCAAAUUACAAACGAUGCAACAUAUUGGCUUGGAUAG